UUUUUUUUUUUUUUUUUCUCUCUCUCCCUCUUUCUCUCUUAUUAAUAUAUUUAAACUCAGUAUUGAUUUGUUCUCUCCUCUCUUUUUAUUUAUUAUUAUUUUCUCCCCGUCCGCCCUCCUCUUCUUCUUUAAUAAAGAUCAUUAAUGUUAAAAUUUAAAGAUCUAAUUUCUAGAGAUCAUACUGAAGCAACUAAAAACCAAGAUGCUGAGUCCAAAACAUCUUUACCCAUUACUACUAAGAAAAAGCUUUAUCUAAUCAUUCUAUCUUUAUGUGUUAUUUCAUUUAUAGCUGCAUUUGAUAAUAUUAUUGUAGCAAGUAAUACACCUCUUGUUGCUGCUGAAUUUAAUGGAUUUAGUUUAUAUAGCUGGGUGAAUACAGCCUUUUUAUUAACAGCUUCAACAUCACAGCCUAUAUAUGGAAAAUGUGCUGAUAUUGUUGGAAGGAAAAUAUGUCUCUUGUUUGCAACAGCUAGUUAUUUAUUUGGCAUUAUAUUAUGUGGUGCAGCUCAGUCAAUGAUCAUGUUCAUUAUUGCUAGAGCAUUCUGUGGGUUAGGCAUUGGUGCAUUUGAUACAUUAAUGAAAAUUAUAGUAGCAGAUUACAUACCCGUACGUUAUAUUGGUAUGUAUCAGUCCAUGCUUGGUAUAUCUUGGGGACUGGGUUAUAUUGUAGGUGCACUUUUAGGUGGAGUUGCAACAUCUAAAGCAGGUUGGAGAAUUGUAUUUUGGAUGGCACUUGGCUUUUCUAUAAUAGCACUUCUUCUUAUCUUCAUUUCAAUAGAAAAUCAUCUUCAAUCUUAUCAUACUAUGUAUCAUCAAUUAACACAUAUCGAUUUAUAUGGUAUUCUCCUUUGGUCAAUAAGUGUAGUUUGUCUUGUGUUAGCUCUCAGCUGGGGCGGAUCAACCUAUGAUUGGAAUUCAACUGUCAUUAUUGUUCUUUUAUGUAUAUCAGGUGUCCUUUUAUUCGCUUUUGCUCUAUUUGAACAUAAAUUUGCUAAAGACCCUAUUAUACCCCGAGGCAUAUUAGCGAAUCGUAGUACAUGCUUCAUUUUGUUCUCUGCUUUUUGUUAUGGAGGUUGUUUCCAAUCAUUGAUGACCUACAUUCCUUUAUACCUUACAGUCAUUCGUAAAGAAGAAUCGAUGGCUAGUAAUCUUGAACUACUUUGUCUUGUACUAUUCGCAUGCAUUUUUAAUGUUUUAACAGGUAUUACGAUUGUUAAAUCUGGUAAAUAUACUUGGGCAUCACGCACCUCGCUUUCUAUUCUUGUAAUCGCUUGUGGUUUAUUAAAUAUGCUAACUCCUCAAUCGAGUCGAGGAUUCAUUGUUGGUCUUAUGAUAAUUACUGGUAUUGGUAGUGGAGGCAUGAUCAACAGUGAAAUCAUUACCGCUCAAGCUUCAGUUUCUAUUGAAAAUGUACCCACUAUCGUAGCCUUUAUGACGUUUUGUGAUCAAGUAGGAGGCAUCACAGGAAUUACAACACAGGGCAGUAUUUUAUCCAACACAUUAACAAAGGGAUUGAAUUCGAUUCAUCUACCGAACGUUAUACCUGAACUUGUUCGUCAAAGCUCUGACUAUUUAUGGAGCUUACCUGAACCAACUCAAACGAUUGUAUCCACUAUCUAUAUGGAUGCAAUCAAAAUGUCCUUUUGGGGCUCUUUUGCCUUUGCUACCGUUGGUUUAAUAUCAGCAUUAGGUUUAAAAUCGUAUGUAUUAAGAAAGGAAUUGGUUAUGGUGAAAACAGAAGAAGAUUUAUCACCCAAUGAACACAUAUCUGCUCCUAAUAUUAUAAGCAAAUGUUGAUUUAUUUUAUAAAUCCUGUAUACCUAUCCAAUCAUUGCUUUAUUACUCUCUCCCUCUCUCCCGUCAUGUUUCUUUAAAUAUACAGAUUAUUUAUGUUUAUUUAUAUCUUUGAAUUCAUCAAGUAAAGAAAAAAAAAAAGACUUUGCCAUAUAAUGAUACUUGACAUUUCAAAACCAGGAUAAAAAAAAGGCUAUUAUCCGUCUAAAUCUGAAGUAGAGUUUUUUUUUUUUUUUUUUUUUUUUU